GUAUAUUAUGUGGGUGUUUGUUUGAGACUUUUAAGUCCACCUUCUGGAUUAUAAGUUAUAAGCACUUAUUCGUACCGUUUGUGUAAUAAGUCAAAAAGCACUUAUAAAAAGCUAGGAAUGCUAGCUUUUGUUUCAGUACUUCUACUUAUUUACCAAACACUUUAAUCACUUAUAAGUCUUAUCCUGCUUCUAACUUCUAUUCCACUUAUUUAUUUUAAGCAAAAAGCACUUAUUUUAAGCUCACCCAAACGGCCCCUAUAUUAGAGCUUUACCCGCCAACUCCUCCUACUAGUACUACAGAAAUACUAGUAAUGGAGUUGUUAAAAAUGAUGAAUAACCCAAAUUGGACUCUGUUAUUUUGGCUUGUUAUCUACUCCUAGAGUUCUAGUACAGUAUCAAUCAGAAAUCCCAGAUCUUGGAUCUCUGUGUUGUUAGAUAGUGUAUGUUGUUAGGGGAUUAUUAGGAUUUGGCUUUGUGUUAUUGAUUUAGACAAGGUGAAUGUGAUACAUUUUUGUUAUAUAGAGAUUAGAAAUGAAAGAGCUGAUUGGGAGUCCUGGAAUGGUUAGCGGGUUGUUGUUGAGGAUUGGUCAAUUUUUGUGUGCUGCUGCUUCCAUUGGAGUCAUGGUUUCUGCUACAGGAUUCUCUAAUUACACUGCUUUCUGCUAUUUAAUUGCGUCGAUGGGGCUUCAAGUGUUAUGGAGCUUUGGUCUUGCGUGCCUUGAUGUUUAUGCUUUAAAAAUAAAGAGAGACCUUCAAAAUCCAGUCCUAGUCAGCCUUUUUGUCGUUGGUGAUUGGGUGACUGCUACUUUAUCACUUGCAGCUGCAUGCUCAUCAGCAGGGAUUGCGGUUUUAUAUGCAAAAGACUUGGAUUUUUGCAAGGUUCAUUUGAAUAUCCCAUGUGGAAGAUUUGACCUCUCCAUUGCUCUGUCUUUCGCUACUUGGUUACUUACUGCUGUAUCUUCACAUGUAAUGUUUUGGAUCUUAGCAUCAGUGUGAAUCAUGGUCAGUUUACCAUCCCUUGCAUUAGAAAAUGUCUUCUUAUUCUCUAGUAUGCAUCUUAUCCUUGAGAAAUUUUGCCUUUUGCAGUACAUAUAUUUUUUUUCUUGUCAUGGUGACUAGUCUGUGUUUUUUUGUGAAUUA